AUGGAUUCAAAAAGCCGGGAAUCUGCCUCUAUGAUCCAAAUGUUUUUGGAGAAGAAGAUCAUGCUCACUCCUUCAACUAUGACCGACCGUCCUGUUUCUGACGCACCGUCUAAUAAGACUGAAGAAGAAGGAUCAGCUCAUUCACUAGGGGAAAAUCAUCCAACGCCUGCAGCGAGCCUUACGCCAUUUCAGAUUAGAUCUAUUCCAACUAUGGCUGCUCCUAAAACAGGCCGCAAACACAAAAGGAAGGAAUCAGACGUGUUGACGUCUACUCCCGUCAAAGCUGAACAAGCAUUAAAGUUUAAGAAGGCAAAUAUUAAGAAGACCAAGAUUUAUGAGUUAAGGCCCCAGAAAAAC